AUGUUUUAUCACAUUUUCCUGGAGUAUGAGAUCCUCCUGCACCUGUGCUACUUCGGUCCAAACUUACUCAACUCGGUGAAGCAGAAGCUGUUCACCGAGGUGGAGGGGAUCUGCACUGGGAAAUAUGGCUUCGUAAUUUCUGUCACCACCAUCGACAAUAUUGGUGCGACCCAGCUAGGCCCAAGGUUUGUUCUUUAUCCGGUGAAAUACAAAGCUAUUGUUUUCCUGCCCUUUAAGGGUGAAGUGGUGGAUGCUGUGGUCACUCAGGUCAACAAGGUCAGACUUUUCACAGAAAUUGGGCCCAUGUCUUGCUUCAUCUCUCGGCACGCCAUCCUUUCAGAGAUGGAGUUUGAUCCAAAUUCAAACCCCCCUUGUUAUGAGACCAUGGAUGAGGGCAUUGUGAUUCAGCAGGACUAUGAGAUACGCUUGAAGAUUGUAGGGAUGCGUGUAGACAAGAAUGACAUCUUUGCUAUUGGUUCUCUGGUGGACGAUUACUUGGGACUCGUGAGCUGGGUGAGAGAGCCUCCAGCUUGGUUUGGUCUUGGUUUAGAAAGUGUGACUUGUCAACUUGAGUUCAGCACCAUCUUGACUUUCCUAUCAGAGUUUCCAUCUGGCCACUGA